AUGGAGCAAUUCCAACUUUUAGACGAGCAUGUGUCGAACCUCAUCCUCCGCUUUGGCUUCCUGGAUGUUGAGGAUUUGCCAUUCGCCACCAGCGAGGAGGUCGAGAAUGCAGCGGCACUGGCGCUACAGAUGGCGGCGCCUGAAGAGCUCAUCGAAAUCGCAGUACGACAAAGCGCCCAUCGACAUCCACACCCAAACCCACCAAGAGCAGCAGCAGCAGUACCGGCUCGACCUGUGCCUCGUCGACCCCCGCCGCUUCUAGAGCCUGAGCCAGAAGACCCCAACCCCGGCGCCUACAUUGACUGGCAGGAGCGCAACCGCAUUCUCGCAGACAGCCCGAUCGAGCCUGACGACGGAGCCGAAGAAGGCGGGGAGGACUGUAUCAUUUGCUCCGGCGGCCAUGUGAGUGCGGCCAUCAAUGGUGUUUCCUCUGCGGAGGGGACUGGAGGGGCGGGUGCCCACGGGGCUGUCCACAGUAUGGAGGACGUGAACGGCGUGUUCCUAUGCGUCAACGCGUGUUUCGAUAUCAGCAAGGCCGGGGGGCGAUGGAUCACCACCCACGCAUUCGACCACAGGGAGCGAUCCCUGACGCUCUCCCACCGCCAGCAGAGCCUCCAAAUUUGCUUGAGCUUCAACGGCAAGUCAUCGCGGAGCAACCGCCAUUACCUCCAGCAUUUCAAGCCCGCGUUGUGCCACGACCAAUGCCUCAAGCGUACAGCGAAUGCUGAUGGACUGAGAGCAGUGCUUCCUUUUGUACCCGUCGUUGAGGACGAUUUCGAAGGACAUCCCGCCAACUUUGACCCGGAUUUCGGGGGUGCUCUACCGUUGAUUGAUGUUGGCGACGGUCCGGAACCAGACCACAUUGAUCCAGAACCGAUCAUGGCGAACGCAAAUGGGCAGGCACGGGGCCAGCAACGCUACUACAUCAUGAUGUUCUACGCCGAUGGGAACAACACAGAGGUUGGAGACCCCAAUUGGAGACGAGACAGCCCGGAGAACAUGCGCCGGAUCCGCGAGGGCGACGAGACCGAAGGCAGAAAUUGA